AUUCUGCCACAAUCAAUAUAUUACCAGAAGCUAGCACAUAUGCUGACUUGUCCCCACACUUCAGCAGACUUAACUGUAGGACAUGACUCUGUCUAGCAUUGUUAUUUAUGUAGCAUGCUGUAUAUCUCUCCGCUAUGCCCAGGAUAAAUUCAUUGCUGCAGUCUAUGAGCAUGUACCGUUCUUCCCAGCUACAAACCAGGCACCUGUAACAGAGCAGGAAGCACUGGCUCUUAUGAACAAAAAUAUAGAUGUUUUGGAAACCGCAGUUAUAACAGCAGCUCAAAAGGGAGCACACAUCAUUGUCACACCAGAGUAUGCUAUCUGUUGCUUCGAUCUCAGCAGAGAAGCUGUAUAUCCUUACCUUGAAGAUAUACCUGACCCUAUAGCCAACUGGACUCCAUGCAGUGAUCCUCAAAGGUUUGGCCGAACACCAGUACAAGAAAGAUUGAGUUGCAUGGCAAAGAAGAAUGACAUUUACUUGGUGGCAAACUUUGGUGAUAAGAAACGAUGCUCUCCUAGUGAUUCCCAAUGUCCUCAAGAUGGGCACUAUUUCUAUGAUACUACUGUUGUGUUUGAUCCUGAGGGAACACUUGUAGCACGUUAUCACAAGUAUCAUCUCUUCUUUGGUGAAACACAAUUUAAUGUCCCAAAAGAACCAGAAAUCAGUACUUUCAUAACACCAUUUGGGAAGUUUGGAAUUUUCAUUUGUUAUGAUAUAUUGUUCUAUAAUCCUGCAGUAACCUUAGUUACCCAGCAUAAUGUGGAUACCAUUAUAUUUACAACUGCAUGGUUCAAUUUACUUCCUCACUAUAGUGCUAUCCAAUUUCACUCAUCAUGGGCAAUGGCAAUGGGAUCCAAUCUGCUGUCAUCCAAUAUACACAACACUAGCUUGGGAAUGACAGGAAGUGGUGUAUUUUCACCAGUUAAACUUGGACCAUAUUACUACAACAAAGAUGCUGAUGAGGGACGGUUGGUGAUGUCAGAACUAUACACACACCCAAGGAACAGCACAACAUGGUCACCUGCCAGCUGGAAUCUGUAUGCAUCCACUAUUGGGAAACCUGUACCGGGUAACAAUGUGUUCAAUGGGAAGAUUUUCCUUGAUGUGUUUGCAUUGACAGAGCUGAAAGAAACUCAAGGCACUGCUACAGUUUGCCAUAAUAAUCUGUGCUGUUACCUGAGCUAUUGCAUGUUGGAGAAGAGAAGAGAUGAGGUUUAUAUACUCGGUGCUUAUGAUGGCUUCCAUGGGCCACAUAAAGUCUUCUAUGUGGAGGUGUGCACUUUAUUGAAGUGUAGCAGCCUGGAGACAUGUGAUGUAGCUGCAGAAACUGCUAACACCAAAUUUGAAUCGUUUUCUCUCAGUGGCACAUUUGACUCUCUGCAUGUUUUUCCAGAGGUCCUCCUCAGUGACGUUAAACUGGCUUCUGAAAUGUUCCAGGUGUUGAGUGAUGGGCGCUUAGUGAGCCAUCAAAAUAUAUCUUCACAUGCACUACUCAGCGCCAGCCUUUUGGGUAGAAAUUAUAAAAAGGAUCCUACGGAUUUAAACGUAUCUACGAUCACUUAAUAAAGGUCAAGAUAAGCUUGUAUGGGUCUGGCGCAACCCAUGAAAAAAAGUAAUGUAAACAAAUCAUUGACAUCAAUUACAGUAUGUGUUUUGGGUGAGGUCAUCACAAAUUUAGUUGUCCUGGUGUAACAAUCUUUGAUAUCCUCUUCUUGCAGUCCUAAUAUACAGUACUCAAACAAAUAAAAAUAAACCACGAUAUUA